AUGGUCGAUAUUUCUCUCAACUGUCGGCUCUUUCGAGAUGUUGAAGAAAAUCAUAAAUUUACUAUGGUUGCCAACAAUACAUAUUCUAUCGAAAAUUUUAAAAAGAAAAUUAAAGAGAAAAUUAGAGAGGCAGGGAAUGAUAUUUUAAAUGAUAUUGAGGCCGAUCACUUAAGUCUUUGUGAUAAAGACGAAUUUUCGAACCUUACCUUAGAUACAAAGAACAAAAAUGUAAAGAAACUCGAAGGACUUAUUGGUGAUUACUGGGCGAUGCAGCCUCUUAAAAAUUUUACCCAUGUCAUUAUCGACUCUCCAUAUUUAACGAUAGCGGGUCAAGAAAAAGAGAAAGCAGAAAAUCUUAGUGAACGUAAAAUCCUCCCAGUCUUAGACCAUGCUCGUUCUGAAUUGCUUGAUAAGAUUAUAGAUGAAUUUUGGGAGAAAUUUAUAAAUGUUCCAUUUACUUCUGUGUGUGAGUCAUUGGUUGAUGAUAAAGAAGCUAUUAUCGCCUUCAUGGAUCCAGGGACACCUGACCACUUACCAGCUAAAUUUAAGGGCUUCCCCGUGUUUGUUUGUUAUGAAGCUCUUGAAUUACAUCAUCGUUCCUUUCAUAAAGAACUUAUUCCUGGAACAUGCAUGGUGUUUAAAAAAAAAGGUUUUAUGUCUUAA